UUACAGGCCUAUACAUUCAAAGUAUCCAAAGGUAUGUACGAAAGGAUCAAAGUUGAUGCUAACAAGAAAUCAGAGACUUUUUCUCUUAGUGUUGCUUCGUCGGGCAAGAAGGAAGGAGACUAUGUCUACGACUUUAACAAGGUCAGCAACUAGCAUAAAUUUUCAAACCAGUCAAGAUAACCUAAAUCUGAUCUUUUUUCCCUUUUUUUUCUAGUGACGUUAAGAAAUUGACGUUUAUCAUUUUGAAACAAACCAACUAAACAAAAGCGACAGUCUAAGCUUCAAAUUCUACUAUCGUUGUUGAGCACGCUGGUCAAUUGUAUCUCUUCCUCUUUUAUACAGGUUAAUCAACGGGGACUCCUCCUUGCUUCUAAGCACUCCCCCAUAGGUUUUCAUUUUGGUGCAAAACUCGGAAAGAAACAAAACAAUAGAUGUUUUGUGGCCAUUUUAGACGAGACGUUUUCGCAAAACUGCGCAGUGAUAACUUCGGAUUUUCAGCCUUUUAUAUUAAAGUUAUAAAGACUAGAAGACAGUUGCAUCUUUUAACUAAUCGUCUCUGUCUAUUGGCAAUUACUUUGUAUUUGCUUUACUUUACUGCAGAACUUGACAAUGAUUCGAUUGCCAGAAGCAAACGCCUGCUUUUUAAGAUACUCCAUCGGAAACGUUCCUCGACCUGCCGACUUGCUGAAACUACUUCAGUUGGUACGUAUCUCAUGAUCUAUAACAGGCUAAUUAGCGUCAGGCUAACAAUUAUUCAAUGUAUAGGUUUUUAAUUAUAUAUUGGUAAUAUAAAUUAAUAAUAUAUUUAUUUAUUUUAUGUUAUACCUGGAAUUUUCCUUAUCCGUGUAAGCUCUUGUUAAUUCCACUCAAAAUUAUUUAUUUUUCACGCUGGGUUUCAUCACCUUUAGGUGCAGAAAAGUGCAGGUUCUAAAGUGACCAUUACGUCUGAGGAAAGUUUCAAGAUUGUUGGCAAUUUGAGUGACCGCUUGGACCUGAGCGACGAGAUGAAGGAUCUAUGUAAAAAGUUGCCAAUUUACCGAAUCCGGAAGUUGGAAAAGAAACAGAGUGACGCUGAUGAAAUGGAAGAUUCCAUAAUAAGUGAAAAAGAUCUAAUAGAUGCAGGAAAAAAUUUUGCUAAA